CACGACCGUCGCUCGCUCGCCUCACUUGCGCUCACCCCCCGCCGCCAAUCAAUGCACGUCAAACGACACGUUCCGACCGCGACGUUCUAUCACCUCACCGCCUAUGACGAAAGAAGAUCUAUGCCCUCCCACCCUGUCGCUCCUUCCGCCACGCUCUUUACGCCGCGCUGGCGCUCGACGGGCCAGCGCCCCCCAACCCAAGCCUGGUUCUCGACGAACCAGCUGCGUGCGUAGGUGCCACCACCUCCACAUCGUCUCCUCUCCUCUCCCCAUCUCGUUUCCUCCUCUCCUCUUUAUCUCCUCUAACUCUAUCUAUGUGUGUCAAUAUAUAUGUACUCUGCCCGGGCGUGACCCGCGGUAGUCAUUCAUCCUCUUUUUCUCUUCUCUUCUGAUUCAUUUGACUUGACUUUUUGGACCCGGCCGCAUCUACCCACCAUCAUCGCAUCGACCAUUCACAUACG